CCAAGCUCAAGUAAAGGAUGAACUUGUCAUUUAAUGAGACUUCCCUUCAAGAUUUGGACUUCCUAAACUAUACCUAUGAGUACUACGACUUGGAUGAGGCACCGCAUGGUGCAACAGAGCCGCAAGCACUCCAUAUUGCAUCUAUUGUGAUCUACUCACUGGCAUUCCUACUUGGGGUACCAGGAAACUCCAUGGUUAUCUGGUUCACUGGUUUCAAAUGGGAAAAAACUGUCAGCACGCUGUGGUUCCUAAAUCUGGCCAUUGCAGACUUAAUCUUUGUGUUGUUUUUGCCUCUACACAUCACGUAUGUGGCUACAGACUUCCACUGGCCUUUUGGGAAGAUACUUUGCAAAGUCAAUUCAUUUAUUGCAAUUCUAAACAUGUUUGCCAGUGUGUUUUUUCUCACUGUAAUCUGCUUUGACAGGUAUAUCUUUUUGGUUUGUCCAAACUUUUCUCAGAAGCAUCGAACACUGGUCAAAGCUGGAAUAGUCAGUGGGAUGGUAUGGAUAGCUGCCACCAUUAUUGCAAGCCCAGCUCUGUAUUUUAGAGAUAUUGCAAAAGAUAGCCAACUGACCACCAUUUGCUUCAAUAAUUUCCAUGAAAGUGAUCAUUCCAUUAUAAUGAAGAUUCACACAUCCCUUACCUUAAUAAGGUUCUUUAUUGGGUAUCUUUUUCCUUUGCUAACGAUGAUUAUAUGCUACACAACCUUGACCAUCAAAUUGAAGAAGCUAAACAAAAAAGCCAACAGCAAAUUUUUCUGGGUAGUUCUGGCUGUUGUGGUGGCAUUUUUCAUCUGCUGGACUCCUUAUCACAUAUUUAGUUUGCUGGAGUUAAAAAUCCAUCACAGUAAUGAAUAUGGCGAAUGGCUAAGAAUUGGCAUGCCUAUUUCAACCAGUCUGGCCUUUGUUAACAGCUGUAUCAACCCCAUCUUUUAUGUUCUGAUUAGUAAAGUGUUCAGGACACAUUUAGAGGCCUCACUUGCAGAAAUGUUUAAACACACUUUACGGGACAUGAAACAGACAUCUACAAGAAGUGAAAAGCUUGUGGACUCGGAAAACAAUUCGACAUAUUGUGAAACAGUCUCUUUAAAACCCACACCUUAUGUAGUUAUAGUCACUUUCGAAGUACUCUCCACUACCGAAAACAAGCACUGCAUUAUGGGAGAAGGUCACCUGCUCCCCCAUAUCCAGAAGAACCUAGAUUUUGUAUUUGCUGCUGAAAGAGUGGAAGGGGAGCACUGCAAAGCGAAUGAACCCGGAAAGGAUGACGAUUCACCAACUUCCGCAUUCAAACUGUCAUUCCUCCGGCCUUUGUGGCCAGAGAAGAUCCUGGUGAAGCACCAUCUGUCCUUCAUCAACUUCUGUGGGGUCCAUAGGUGA